UUUAGAAAGUUUCGAAUAGCGUAACGUUAACUGCGGGAGAAAGCAGCCAGCUGUAUUUGUGAAAAUAAUACACGUACCAGGGAUUUAAGCAACGAUAAAUACGCGUUAAUCAGCAGUAAAGCAGCUGAAGCUUUAGUAUCUGAAAACUCGCCGUCGCGUUUGGAACACUUUUUGAGGGAACUGCGCAGCGUUCUGGUGAAUGAAUUGUAAAUUCCAUUAUCUCCGGUAGACUGGUGGAAGCCAGACGCUUCACUGAGCUCUGUUCGCGAUAGCUAGCAAGUAUUGACGGGACGGAACGGCAGUAUGCCUCGCUCCGAUACGGAGGCUUUGGUGGCCGAUGUGGAGACUGGCGAAGAUUCGGCGCCACGCAUAUUGGACGCAUCCUCUGCGGCCAGCAGUGAGCAGGUGGACCCACCUCCGGUACCGCCGCCUCAUGACUACAGCAGCUAUCGCUGGUUCAUCCUGGAGCCCGCAGUUUUUUUAAUCUACUUCGCCAGAAAUUUAAUUGGGGCGGUUUAUCAGAACCAAAUCCUCUAUCAGACCUGCAUUACCAUCGAGAAAUUCAAUGCCACCCAAUGUGAACCGUGGCUGGGCAUUGAUCGCGGAUCGGACGCGGAUAAAGAAGUCGAGGUGAUAGUACAGACGUAUUCUGCAAAUAUUAUGAUGACAACCUCUCUGCUAGAGAGCAUUAUUCCUGCCUUCGCGAGUCUGUUCCUGGGUCCCUGGUCCGAUAAGUUCGGAAGGCGGCCAAUCCUGCUGACAACUUUUACGGGCUACCUCACUAGCGCACUCAUACUGAUAGUAAUCACGUACAUAACGAGGUCCACGAAUAUAAGUCCAUGGUGGUUCCUCCUGUCUUCGGUUCCCUCCGUUCUAAGCGGCGGAACUUGCGCCUUGAUUACGGGAAUCUAUUGCUACAUAUCCGAUGUGGCCAAGGAGCGAAAGAAGGCUCUGAGAAUGGUCCUCAAUGAGGCCUCCCUCAGUGCUGGCAUAAUGAUGGGCAAUGUGGCCAGUGGUUAUAUCUAUGCUGCCACAAAUGCUCUGGUGUUAUUUUCCAUUGCUGGUAGCCUGAUGAUGUUUGCCUUGAUGUACGUGCUUCUGCUUGUACCUGAAAGCCUAAAUCCAGGUGAAAUACACACCGGAUCGCGAGUCCGUGAGUUCUUCCGUUUCGAUUUGGUCAAGGACCUGAUUCGCACCUGCUUUAAGAGGCGCGCCAGCUUUGAUCGCGCAAUCAUCUGGCUUACCAUGAUUGCACUUACGAUAGCCAUUUUCGACAUGGAGGGAGAGAACACUGUAAAUUACAUGUUCGUGCAGGAUAAAUUCAACUGGACCAUUAAGGACUUCAGUCUAUUCAACGCAUCUCGCAUCGUGAUCCAGAUUGUAGGCAGCAUCGUUGGCAUGGUGGUAUUGCGCCGCGUUUUAAAGAUGUCCAUCGUAACCAUGGCAAUGCUCUCCAUGGCUUGCUGUGUUCUGGAGAGCACGGUGCGAGCCACAGCUGUCUACUGGCAGGAGCUGUAUCUGGGCAUGACGCUGGGUAUGAUGCGUGGAGUUAUGGGACCUAUGUGCCGCGCGAUUCUCUCGCACGUUGCACCUGCGACUGAAGUUGGCAAGAUAUUUGCUCUGACCACCUCCAUGGAAUCGGUGUCGCCACUGGGCGCUGCUCCGCUGUACACAACCGUCUACAAGGCAACGUUGGAAAAUUAUCCCGGAGCCUUCAACUUUAUCAGCGUCGGUCUCUACUUUGUGUGUUACAUUCUGAUAGCCGUGAUCUUCGGCAUUCAAAAGUCAAUUGGCAGCAGCAGUGUCUACCAGGCCAUUGGCAGCUAACCAGCUCUCAAGCGCACCGAUUUAGAAGAAUGUAUCUCAUAAGUUAAAUUCCUUCUGCAGGCGUUGCAAAGAGCUCUCGUUUUUAAAGAUUAGAAACUAUUUGUGUAAAUUAAUCUACUGUUUGUACUCCUUGUAUAUUUGUGCAAGUAUUAUUAUGAUUUUUAUCCAUGUAUAUGUAUAUAUAUGCUUUAUCUGCUAUCUGGACUGUGUUUUGCAUGUGCGAGCAUUGAAAAUUUAAGAACAAACGAUUUAACUGUUUACAGUGUGACAAUAAACUGUGAAAACAUCGAGCAUUCAA